UCCCAUUACCCAUAAUCAUUCAAUCAAUCAAUUUCUCUCUUAUCUCCUCUUGUUUUGCCUCCCUCCAUACAAACAAACAAGAGGAGCUGUAGCAAUACUAGGCGGCCCGCGAGGAGCAAAGUUGGGACUUGGAACCUAAACAAUAUUAUACACACCAUAAUCAAACGCACCCUAUAAAAUUUGGUGUCCGCCUAACACUUUUUGGAAAAGAGCGGUGGUACAGAAAACCAAACAGAACAGAAACCGAAACCACAACCAAAAGUGAGGGAGAUGGAGAUAGAGAUGGAGAUGGAUUGAUAGUGUUGACAAGCCAGCCACUGUUGGCAGUUCAAGGAGGAGGAACAACAGAAAGUAGCAGGUUUAACUUACACACUAAACAUCAUAACACAAGACACAGACAGCCUUGUUUUUGUAGCGUUUUUGAUUCCAUCAUUUUUAAGACUGGAACCAUGGCCGAUCGCUUUAAUGCUUUUUAGGGUUUUUUAUGUUUCUUUCGGCAGAAAAAAGUUACUUGUUUUUUUGGGACAUGGAACUGAAGGAUUGAGUGUUGUAAGAAGGCGGGCAUGAGUGAUGACGUAGAUCUUCCAAGACAGGACCUUUCGCUUUGAUCGAGGGAUCACUGCAUUGUAUCUGAACGUUUAUGUACAAGCAUCGGCACAAACCCUGUUUUUUGUUUUAGUGGAAACAAAGAGAUCAGGCAGUGCAUUUAGGUGGCCGUUGGGGUCUUUUGAUGAUAAAAAUCAUGCGCGCAAUUGAAGGGCAAGAGCCUAAGUCUGGAGUUUGAGUUGAGUUUAAAGACUUUAACAGCUUGUGACAGUAUUCAUUGGACCUGUCUCUUAAAAGCAUGCCGUUUCGUCGUCUGUUUCAAGUGUUGUAUUUUCUACUCUUAUUUUUCCGCGAGUCUUCAUUUUUUAUGGAUGGCGGAUGGCGGUAGAGGUACCUGUCACUCGUACAGUGGACUUCCGUUGUAUUGUCAUACCACUUUGGCCUGAUUGAGUAGAGGCAUAUUUAGCGGGUGAAUUAUUUGAUGUAGCAAUAGGAUUUGGGGCUUCAACUUCAUCUCACGUCGUUAUGAGUUUAGUAUUAUAUUAGAGAGCAUUGCGAUUGAGUAAAUCAAGGAUGGUGCCAUCAGGAGGCCAGAAUAGUAAUAGUAAUAGCCCUAGUCCCGGCCCUAGUCCCAGUCCUAGUCCUAGUCACAGUUCUAGCCCAGUUGGUGGAGUUUUGGGAGGUGUUCCUCCUUCCCAACCUGCAUUUCCUUGCCUCGUGUCAUCACGUUCUCAGUAUAUGACGGGGAACUUGCCCUCUAUUCCUCCUGGGAACACAGGCUUCAACGGGGGAGGCAGUGCAGUUCCACAAGCAACUGCUUCUCCUUCUAAUUCUCACUUGCACCUUCAAAGAGAAAGAGGUAAUGAUUCCCCGUCUUUGGGUUUUUCUUCAUCUCCAGCUGCCUGUUCUAUUGUACGAUCCACUGCCACUGCCCUAACGCACGGCCAAUCGCAGUUGCACCAACUUACUCAAGAUCAUCAUCACCAUCAGCAGGGACAGGGACAGGGACAUCAACAACAAGGUCAGGAUGUGAUAUCUAGUGUUCAGCUUCAAGGCCAAGGCCAAAACAUAUUAGGAGCAAGAGGAUUACAACAGUUUCAAGGUCAACAUGCCACCGGAUCGGGAGGAAACCAGCAGCAGCUGAGAGGACUGACAAGUGACCUUGCAGGGCAACAACAACUGAACGCUCUACGAAGUUUGGCGUCAGUAAAGCUAGAUCAACAACACUUGCAAUCUCUCCGUAGUUUGGCAUCAGUAAAAAUAGAGCAGCAACAUCAUGGUGAUCAGUCAUUACUUGUGCAACAUCAGCAGCAGCAACAGCAACAGCAACACCAGCUUUUGCAGCUUUCCCGUCAACCAUCUCAACAGUUGCAGCAACUUCAAGCGUCUCAAAUGAAUCUAUUACAACAACAACAGCGUCUAUUACAGCAGCAGCAGAUUUUACAUACACUUCCACAGCAAAGAUCUCAAUUACAGCAAAAACCUUUACACCAAUUUCAGCCACAAAAUUUGCAAGCUGGAGUCCCUGCGAAGCUACCAGCAUACGAAUCUGGAAUGUGUGCCCGUCGAUUGACGCAGUAUAUGCUUCAUCAGCAACAUCGGCCCGCGGACAACAACAUCGAUUUCUGGCGAAAAUAUGUUUCUGAGUAUUUUGGUCCACAUGCCAAGAAGAGAUGGUGUGUUUCACUGUAUGGAUACGGUCGCCAAACUACUGGUGUUUUCCCUCAGGAUGUGUGGCAUUGUGAAAUUUGUGGUACUAAACCUGGCCGAGGCUUUGAAACUACGGUAGAGGUUUUACCCAGGCUUUGUAAAAUCAAAUAUGAUAGUGGAACAUUGGAAGAACUUUUGUAUGUAGACAUGCCCCGUGAAUAUCAAAUUGCCUCGGGUCACAUUGUCUUAGAAUAUGGCAAAGCAAUACAGGAAAGUGUAUUUGAGCAACUCCGUGUUGUACGUGAUGGUCAGCUUCGGAUUGUUUUUUCGUCUGACAUGAAGAUAUGUUCCUGGGAGUUCUGUGCAAGGAGCCAUGAGGAGCUUAUUCCUCGAAGGUUGUUGAUUCCGCAGUUAUCUCAAUUUGGUGCGAUUGCACAGAAAUACCAAGCUUCAGCCCAGAAUGGAACAACUAAUCUUUCAUCGCAGGAUUUACAAUCAAAUUGUAGCAUGUUUGUGGCAACUGCUCGUCAACUUGCUAAAGCAUUGGAGGUCCCCUUAGUGAAUGAUUUGGGGUAUACGAAAAGAUAUGUUCGAUGUCUUCAGAUAUCAGAGGUAGUUAACAGCAUGAAGGAUCUAAUUGACUUUAGCCGUGAAAAUAGAACCGGGCCUAUUGAAAGCUUGAACAGCUUUCCUCGUCGGGCACAGAGUUCUGUUGAGAUUCAAAACCAGACAGCACAGCAACAAGAAGAUAGUGUGUUGGGGACUCUUAGCAGUGAACAGAGUGCAGUUCAGGCUUCUACCAUGCAGCCUGCCACAAGUAAUGUUAUUAACAAUGUAAAUAAUUCAGUCAACAUGUCAUUUCACACAAACUCAACGAGCAGCAUAGCAGGGCCUCCCCACCAAAACUCAACAAGCUCCAGGCUGGGUAGUCUCUUGACCACGGUCACAAGUUCUUUUGCAAGCACUGUUGAGGUUCCAUCAAAUUCUUUGCAGCAAUCACAUGUGAGCCCUGUUUCAUCUUUUCCUAAAUCGUUGCCACUUGGUUCAAAUCCUCUACAAGCUUCUUCUUCUGCUGUUCAACCAACCACAUCCGUUCAAUUUGGCCCUCUUAAUGCUAAUGCUAAUGUUCUGCAACAGCAUUCUUCGCAAACUACAGAGCUUCAUCAGAGUGACUCAGAAAGUUGUGUUCAGCACAUCAUACAGGAGAUGAUGAUGUCAUCUCAAUUAAGUGGAGGAGCCCCUUUGCAACCAGGUGUUAGGGGGUCUAGCAUUGGAGGCAAUCCAAGUGUAAAUAUGGGAAUAAGCAACUCAAUGUGUGAGAUGAAGAGUUUGAAUGGAAUGAUCCCAAUAGGUAAUGGUUCUGCAACUCUUAAAGGUGCAAAUGGCGCAGUUGGAAACCGUUUUUCUAGCAACACAAAUGCUGACACAAACAGCAUGGGAGGAAUCGGCUCAAUGCCUGGCUCAACAAAUAAUAUGAUGUCCAUGGGCAACAACAUGACUAUGACUAAUAACACAAUGACAUUGAAUGGAAGGGUCAACUUAAGUUCCAUACCUCAAAAUCUCAUAAUACAAGAUUCUAAUUUCAAUCUCCAACAGGAUUUGGGAGGGAAUAGAUUGUUGAAUAGCUUUAAUAGCUCAGGUGGCUUCAAUAACAUGCACUAUGAUUGGAAAUCUCCUUAAGAGGGGACUGAAAUUUCCACUGGAAUCUCUGCUUGUUAACAAAGGUUUGUGGGUUAUAUAGCAUUUGUAGAAAUACACAGUGCUAAUGCUUUCUGUCCUAAUCAGCAUCAGUAAAUUCAGCUCCAAUAAGCCUAGUUGGAUUCAGCAAUUUCAUGAUGGUGAGGGAUAUUUAUUCUUGGUGCCAUCAUGUUGCACUGUUCAAGGUUCAGGUUAAUUUAUUUAGGUCAACUCUUUGGCCCAAGAUAGAAUAUGCAUUAAUCCACUAACACCCUUACUGAGAGAAGCUUCCCAGCUUCAAAAUGAGAGUUCUUGAAAGGAGCUCCAACCCCCACUGAUAUUUUUGUAACUAUAUCAAUUGCCCAACAGGUUGGGGGUUAUGGUGCAGUUGGAAGCACCAGUUUUUGCAGUGAUAAUUUUACUUCAAAGCAAGAUAGUUUAUACUUCCUAUUCUUGACAAAUGUUGUCAUCUAGAACGGACUCUAUAUGAAAGCACUACUAGUUUUGUAAUUUAUUCAAAAUUCAUUGCUGACUUCACCUUUAACAGAACUUUCCUGCUCGUUUUUUCAUAAGCUUUUUAAGAAAAGGCUUAUAUUUCAUGAAGUUCAUUCAGUUGCAGGUGUAAUGUUCUUUUGAAUUUGGGCAGUUGAGCCUGUAUGAGGAAAAACUUCAUCCA